UCCCGCCUGCUGCGCGCCGCGCGGGCCCACGGCUGGAGCACGUGGAGCGUCGGGGCAGCAGAGAGGCGGCUCCAGCGCAGCCGGCGGAGACAUGGAAGAUAUAAAGCCAAGUGUGGAACUGAAAAGCACUCAGGAGCCGCCUGCGCCCACAGAAGGUCCAGUGGUUUCAAAUGACUAUGAUUUAACUAAACCUCAUGAAACAGAAAAUGUGGAUGGUGCAGAAGGGCCAGCCAAUGAGGAUGAAGUCAUGGGAGACAAUUCGAUGAAAGUGAAAGAUGAAUACAGCGAAAGGGACGAGAAUGUUUUAAAGCCAGAGCCCAUGGGAAAUGCAGAAGAGCCUGAAAUUCCCUAUAGCUAUGCAAGAGAAUAUAACGACUAUGACAACAUUAAGCUGGAGAGGCACAUGGUGGCCUAUGAGGGCAGCAGGCCGGCCAGUGGGAAGAUGAAUUGUGACGUGUGUGGGUUAUCCUGCAUCAGCUUCAACGUCCUCAUGGUGCACAAGCGGAGCCACACGGGUGAACGCCCAUUCCAGUGUAAUCAGUGUGGGGCAUCUUUUACUCAGAAAGGUAACCUCCUCCGCCACAUUAAACUGCACACAGGGGAAAAGCCUUUCAAGUGUCACCUCUGCAAUUACGCCUGCCAGAGAAGAGAUGCACUCACGGGUCACCUGAGGACACAUUCUGUGGAGAAACCCUAUAAGUGUGAGUUUUGCGGAAGGAGUUACAAGCAGAGGAGUUCCCUUGAGGAGCACAAGGAGCGCUGCCGGACGCUCCUCCAGAACGACCUGGGGGAGACGGCAAGUGCGGAGGCAAGACACAUCAAAGCAGAGAUGGGAAGUGAAAGAGCUCUCGUCCUGGACAGAUUAGCAAGCAAUGUGGCCAAGCGAAAAAGCUCAAUGCCUCAAAAAUUCAUUGGUGAGAAGCGCCCCUGCUUUGACUACAACUCCAGCUACGCAUACGAGAAGGAGAGUGACCUCAUCCAGACACGAAUGAUGGACCAGGCCAUCAACAGCGCCAUCAGCUACCUGGGGGCCGAAGCCCUGCGCCCCCUCGUCCAAACCCCUCCUGCCGCCACCCCUGAGAUGGUGCCCGUUAUCAGCAGCAUGUACCCGCUGGCCCUCACCCAGGCCGAGAUGCCUAAUGGCACCCCCCAGGAGCUGGAGAAGAAGAACAUCCACCUGACAGAGAAGAGCCUGACUUCCGAGCGAGGCCCCUCCCCCAACCACAGUGGCCACGACUCCACGGACACCGACAGCAACCACGAAGAGCGCCCGCACCCCCUCUACCAGCACAGCCCCAUGGUCCCAGCCAGGGCGCGCAACGGCAUGGCCCUGCUGAAGGAGGCCCCCCGCUCCUAUGAACUCCUCAAGCCCCCACCCGUCUGCCCCAGAGACCCCAUCAGAGUGAUCAACAAAGAGGGCGAGGUGCUGGAUGUGUACCGCUGUGACCACUGCCGCGUCCUCUUCCUGGAUUGCGUCAUGUUCACCAUCCACAUGGGCUGCCACGGCUUCCGUGACCCCUUUGAGUGUAAUAUCUGUGGCUACCGGAGCCAUGAUCGCUACGAGUUCUCCUCUCACAUCACCAGAGGGGAGCACCGAGCCGCAAUGAAGUGAAUGGA